AUGCCGCGCCCCCCCAAGAACAAGGUCGCCGAGAUCGUUAAGCCAGUCAUCGCUGCGCCUGGCCCUGCCCGUGUUAUUGAUGUGGACAACUUCAUCCGUGUUCGCGAUUCGGUCUACCAACGUCUCUCCACUAUCCAGGAUUUGAUCAAGAGCUUCAGCCAAGACUACCUCCGCCAGACCAACCUUCUCCUCGGAGAGGGCACCACCCUCGAGAAUGGCGGCGAUCUCGAGCACCUCCAGACCUCCUUGACCGGCAUGCUGCCCGGCUUCAUGGUUGCCCCCCAGCCCAUCGUUGAGGAGAAGAAGGAGCGCAAGAAGCGUACCCACGACCCCAACGCCCCCAAGCGUCCUCUCACCCCCUACUUCCUCUACAUGCAGACUGCCCGCCCCAUCAUUGCCAAUGAUCUGGGUGAGGAGGCCCCCAAGGGUGCCGUCCAGGAGGAGGGUCAGCGCCGCUGGUCCGUCAUGGGUGCUGCCGAGAAGCAGGGCUGGAACAACGCCUACCAGUACAACCUGCGCCUCUACAACGCCCGUGUCCACUCCUAUAAGCAUGGCAACGCCAACGCCAAGAACAUGAACGACGACGAGGCGCUUAAGUACGCUGAUGAGUAUAACAUCGAGAUGCCCACUGCUGCCCAGGUUGAGGAUGUCCCCACCGACCAGGACGCCAUUGCCCAGCAGUUGCAACAGAAUGUCGUUGUGCCCGAGGUUUCUGAAGAGGAGGUAGAGGAGCAGCAGCAACAACCGGUCCCCGUGUCCAAGACCCCCAUUAAGAAGAAGGACACCCGCAGGCGCAAGACUGCCACUCCCGCUGAGGAGGCCGAGCCCGCUAAGCCCGUGGUCGCCCCCGCCAGCCCGGAGAACAAGAAGCGCAAGCGCAACGUCAAGGCGGCCGAGGUGGAGGAACCUAAGAAGUCGGGGCGCAAGAAGACCAAGGCCUAG